AUGUACAUCCAUGAAGGGGUCAUUCGGCUCGAGACAGAGCUCGAGAAACAGUAUCGCAGAGCCCGCAACGAUCUGCGAAAGGCGCGACGUGAGUACAAAGACGACAAGACUAUCGAAGAUCUCAUGACUCACAUCACAGCAACUUACCAACAAAUCCUCGAAACAGAAGAUUCCAUCUCCAUCGACCAUAUCGAUAAACAACACAGCAGGGAAGUCCCAUCGAUCCAGCGCUCUUUUGAAAAACUCGAUAACGAGUUCAGGGAGGCAGCUUUGAUUCUCAAGGAGGCGCAAGAUCGCGAAUGCAGCCGGAAGGAGAGAGACCCUCUGUCAUAUCGGUUUGAUAUUAUUUGCAAGUACAGGAUCGAGGCGAUGACACAGUUGGGGGAUGAGCUGCAGCUGCAGAGAUUUCGUAAGGAGGCCCGUCGCCAGUAUCGCUGGAAACGUUUUCGGCAGUGUUUCUUUGGAUGGCUUAAGACGAAGGAACCCAAAGAAAAGGCUUCUGAGAGAGGGCAAGAAGAAGAGGUGAAUCUUAAGUCUCGUCCAUAG